AUGUGGCGCACUCUGGCAGCAAACCUAGCGUUACGCAUGCAGGGGUUCACGCUCGACGAGCUGCCCAAGACCCUCCAAGACGCCGUCUGGGUAACGCGGGGGCUUGGGGUACUAUACCUCUGGGUCGACUCGCUCUGCAUCGUCCAGGAUGACGCCCGGGACUGGAACCGGGAGUCGAAGCGGAUGGAGGACGUCUAUGCCUCGGCAUACUGCACGAUAGCAGCCACGUCCGCCCCGGACUCGAGCACCGGGUUCCUGGGAGGGCUGCCACGCAACGAUGGCCUCUUUGUCGAGAGCGCCGAUGGGCGGGCUGCAUACGUCUCUACGAACGUGGCAGACUUUGACGACGACGUCAACGCGUCCGGACUCAACCGACGGGCGUGGGUCAUGCAGGAGCGGCUCCUCUCGCCGCGGACGAUACACUUCACCAGCAACCAGGUGUACGGAGAGUGCGGGGAGGGCAUCUACGCGGGGAACGGCGUUUUUCUGCGAACGAGGAGGGGGACCAAACGAUACUUCCAGAUCGACCCCAGGUUCCCGGACCGGCUCCGAAGCUCGGGGUUCGCGACGACCUGGGAGUUUCUCCGGUCGCUGCUGGAGGACUACUCGCGGCGCGGCAUCACGGAGCCGUCGGACAGGGCGGUCGCCGUUUCCGGGCUGAUGGCGCGUGUGCAAAAGGCGCUGCCGUGCCCGGUCCACCACGGCAUCAUGGACUGGUAUCUCCACAGGUCUCUGCUCUGGCACCGGGGAAAGGCGGACACAAGGGGCAAGAUUGACUACAAGUCGUCGACCGUGCCCUCGUGGUCGUGGAUGGCCUAUGAGGGGCCGGUCGGGUUUCUGCCUGAUGGGUUCGGGACCCUGGAUCGGUUCGGUCACGUUUCAUUCGACAGGACGUCGUUGACGACGACCGUUUGGGAGUUUACUGAACCUGGUUUGCGGGCGGUUGACGUGGGAAUCGACAGUGGCCGUGACCACAUCUAUGAUUCUAAGGGACGGUCGCGCGGCUGGAUCACCCUUGACGGGGAUACCGAGUCGCCUUUUCCACGAUACUUGGCCGUGCUUGCAAGGCUGAAGGGGGUCCAAGUUGAGGAACGCAAGUAUUACGUGUUGUUCCUUCAGCCCAUGAAGUCGCAGGAGGGUGAAGAACGCCUGUGGCAGAUGGCGUAUGAAAGACUUGGGAUGGGCGUGCUGGAGGGGGAUUGCGAGUUGAGAAACGUUGGGCAAGGCGGCGUAUUUUGA